AUGCAAGCUUCUAAUUUUUCUAAGCCCUGGCUUCUUUAUGCCUACCCGUGGCAGCCCUUUCCACGACGGCUUGUCAUAUACCUCCGUGAGAGAUCUAUUCCUUCCUCACUGGUGACUGUUGUCCCCGUUUCUGAUCUUCAAUUUGGCGGUCAUCCUCCGGCGGGCUUUCCCCCAAAGCCGUCCGGAAGCCUCCCAAUUCUUGUUAUCCCUCAAGGCAACGGAGGCGCGCCGAAGGAAGCAAUAUAUAUCAAACAAUCUAUCGCUAUCAUGGAGUUCAUUGAAGAAACCUGUUUGGCAGGGCGACACGGGUUCCCCAAAAUUCCACCAAUAUCGAUUCUGCCUCUCAAGAUGCCUGUUCAAUUUGGGGACGAUGAUGCUGCAGCUAUUUGCCGAGCUAAGCAUAGCGAGCUUCUCAGCUUAGCAGUCAGCUUGACAGAGGGGUGGAACCCAAUUCGCAUCUUUGGGUCAGGAACAGGAACCAUGCGUGUGCCGGAUGCCGCGCGCGAAAUGCUACAAUGGCUGAAGCGUGGCCUCCUAAGCGUUGAAAGAUGGAUGGAUGAAAAUGAAUAUUCUCCAGAUAGCCUUAUAUGGGAGGCCAGCGGCUCGAGAAAGGCCACAAUUGCAGAAAUAGUGCUCUUUCAAUUCUUUGAAUUCACCAAGGACUGCUACGGUAUCGAUAUGACUCUCUCGUCAGGAAAGCAGACCUUGGAUGUCUAUGGGCGAGAGGUGGUCGAGGCUUAUCCCCAACUAAACCGCUUCUACGAAGUCUUCCUUUCUCGGCCGAGUGCACGGAGGAACCCCGAACUUGGAGAAGUUCCACAUGCAGAUUGGAUCAAGAAAAUGACGGAGUGGUCUCCUGGUAUUUUCGAGGUCUGA